AGUGCACUCAGUGGAUUUUGCACAGAGACUGCAAGGAGGCGCUGUGACACCGCUGAUACGAACGGCUUAAAUCCCCGAGAGAUCUGAGUAAACAAGGGUGGUACGAGUACGUGGAGAGGUCAUACCUUUGUCCUCAAGCGCAGCUGGCGACAAAAAACAGCUUACUACUAGUUACGUCUGGCCAUUGGUGCUAUUGCAGCACCUGAACACCCUACUGUCUGUGUACAUCACAAACUUCACCCUUCUUGAAAACAGUGGUCCAGCCUUCCACCUCCUAACUUAAACAAAAUUCACAGCAUAUUACAUCUCCAGAUCCAGCUUUACAGGGAGAACGAAGGCUCCGAGGAAAGCAUGAUCGUGCAGGAAAAAUGGACAACCCAGCUCCAGAACCAGAAAACUUUAGAAAAGUUAAACAUACGAACCAGUUGGAAACAUACUUUUACCCAGGACUCUUUAUGGAUGAACAUAUGAAUUACACCUGGAAGGACAUCAAUAUUGGACAUGUACAGGUGAAGGUGCAUGGUCGUCAUGGCAGCGAAUCAGCCACUUAUGCAGAGACUGGACAGGUUGUGUGGCCAGCAUCUGAGAUGUUGUCGCACUACCUGCUGCACCAUUCCCACCUGGUCCAGUCCAGGUCUGUUCUGGAGCUGGGGGCAGGGGUCGGACUGCCCGGCCUGGUGGCCGCCAAACUGACCAAAGAACCCUCGUCAGUGGUGCUGACCGACCAAUCAGAGGUGGUGUUGGAACUGCUGCAGAAGAAUACGGAGGCCAACUUUACUGGUGACACCGAAUCAGCUGGAUGCAGAGCUGUGAAUUUCUUCUUCUUUGAAUAUCAUUGUUUGCAACUUUGGAAGACUAAUGAUAAGCAAAGGUCCAGCCCUGAACCAAUGAUUUUUAAUCAUCACCUUGGAGAGGUUUUCAACACAAGUUACAAGGAAGAAGACGGUCCUAAAUGUGCCCUUCUGGACUGGGGUGUUGACCUUGAGGAGUUUAAAAAGACCCAUGGUACCUUUGACCUCAUUAUCGGGGCUGAUAUAAUCUACUGGAUGGAGCAGGAGGGUAUGGCAGAGCCACUGUUCCAGACCGUCAGCAUGCUGCUGUCUAAAAAGGCAGACGCCAUGUUCCUGCUGUGCCACCAUGUCAGGUCAGCUGAGAUGGUCCAGAGUAUCCGAGACAUAGCCAGCAAGUUUAACCUGCUGUGUGCCGAGGUCGGCAAGGAUGACCUGCCCGCAGCCUGCUCAGACAUCCUCAGUAAUGUCCCCCUGCAACUUUUAACCUUUACUCCUAAAGAUGCGGACAUCAUCAUUUAGCAACAAGGCUGGUUAUACAGGGGUUGUAUAUAAAGAAGGCCUAGGGAAAAAAUGGUGUCCAGUUACUUCACUGACCCUAGCAAAAACCUGCUGUCUUUAGCUUUUUUUAAGCAAAAAGAUUUCCAUCCAACCUCUGAGUGAUAAAAUUAAU